GCUCGGACGUCAUUGAUGCCCUGCAACACACACGAGGUAGGUUGUUAGAUAGCGAAAUGACGGUGACUUGUGCAAACGAAGUUGUCAUGGGAAGUGCAGAAGGUGAAAGGACGAAGGCAGGUGAGGAAAUCGACACAACAAUGCAAACCUCCACAGGAAUUGGGACCACUGUCGGGGACUGCACGCUUGCGCCGCAUGCCGUGCUGGCGUGCACCGAUGUUGCCACACUGAAUUGUCACCACGUUCGUCACAACUUCCCAUGUAUCGUCGCUAGCAAAGCACCUUGUGCUGAUGCAGAAUCUGUUGCGCUACCUAUGACGACGGACACAUUUCAAAAGUUCGUUGCAAAAGCGAAUUCGCGACAAAUGGCGAGGCUGGUUGCGGACUGUGUGUUUCAUCUCAUAUCGUACAUCAAAGAGAUAAUGGUACAGGUCGUAACGAAUGCAAGCCAGCAUGGAGGGAAUAACGAAUGAGGGAGCACUUGUGAGAUGGAAACGGUUGGGGAAGAGAGAGAGGAGGGAGGUCUGGGAAGCAGGGAAUCUCUGACAGGGUGUAUUGUGAAAGAUGAAAAUGUGGUGAAGACAUUAGCAGGAGAAGAGUACCCAUAUGACAUCAAUUGGGUGCCGGAUCGUGUCCAACCGGGUAUUGUUGGAGCACCGUGCUUUGCGUUCAAAGUCGAAGGGACAUGGGUUUCAUUUCCUGCCCCCAAAAAGAAUACAUGGCGAAACGCGACUCUGGCAAUCGUGUUUGACAGACUAUUAAGGUUGAACGAUGGGGCAGCAACAGAGGUGAAAGCACGAUAUGCAAUGGACGUGUGGCGUGUUCUGGAGGCGCAGGGCGAGUUCAGGCUGAACCAUUUUUUGUACGACAGUUUUGAUUGCGGAAAGGCAUGGGUGAUUGGCGGGAACGACGCAACAGGGAGUACGGCGUGCCAUGAGAGCGAUGCGAGGAGGGAUCCUAGGUGGGGUUGGGUGCCAUGUGUGAUCCCGAUUCCAUGUGGCCGUGUGAGGAGGAUGAUGCGUGAUGCCAUGGGAAAUGUCUGGAGCACGCAUUAUGUGAAUGGCAACUUCUUCUUCACGCACCUCGACAGGGAGGUCUCAGAAUACGAGAAGAAGGCAAUGGCAUGUAAUACCCACACUGCUGGCUGCUUUUUCCCGCCGCUUCGGAACCCUGUGGACUCGGAGGUGGUUGAAGGGAAAGUUUUCACUGGUGAGGAUGGCAGCACAUACACGCAUGCAAGAGGGCAAGAAGCCACGUACGAUGGAGUAUGCUCGCAGAUAUGGGACCAUGUCACAAUGAGGAGUGACGUUCUGUCUGCCAUAGACAUUGGGAUCUGUGUCAUCCCUGAAGGACAGUUGCAGCAGCAUAUGGCCCGUGAAAAGUAUGACUAUCGUGUCUAUUGGGUCCCAGGAUGUUUGCAUCCUGCAGUGGUUGAUGGCAAGGUGACGAUGGCAGCAAGACUGCAAUCAGGGCAUUGGCUCCAAUUGGGAUGGAUGCAUGCAGGCAUUGUGGAGCAUUGGCAGUUCCUCGUGGUUCUGGCACGUGUCUCAAUUUUCAAUCUGAAUGUAAAGGACCACGUCCUGGUGGUUGAACACGCAAAGCGAUGCUGGAAGAAGAUAAGGGAGGAGGAGCGUCAGAUGGUGUGCGCGGCACAGGGUGACAUGGGCGGGCCGAGCGAUGUCGCGAUGUCGCAGAGCCCGGGGAAGAAGAAGAAGUGCACGCCGGGACCGCCACGUGGGCAGACACCCGCAUGCAGAAAGAAGGUGAACCCGAAGGCGGUGCCAGGGACCGGAGACACCGCAGGUGCACGAACUCAGGUCCCCAGACGCCGUCGACGUCCCGGGAUGGCAACUUUGUCGGAAAUCAGAAAGUUGCAACGAUCCACCGACCUUUGUUUGGCUUUUAGACCGUUCUUGCGUCUCGUGCGCGAGGUUGUGGAGCGGGACAUUGCUCCGGGUAUGGGCGUGAGGUUUCAAAUGACGGCGGUGCGUGCUUUGAUGGAGGCUGCCGAGGCAUACCUGGUCGCCAAUUUCGAGAACACCAAUGAGGUAGCCAUCCAUUCAAAGAGGGUGACGAUCCAGGUCAGGGACAUGAGACUAGUAGACAGGUUGUCGAAGCCUCGCUGGGUUGAGAAAUAUCAAGGUAUGUUGGACGAGAAGGCGAGAGUUGAGGAGAGACAAAAACGGAUGGACGCCAGACAGGCGGAAAGGGAUGGCAGCAGAGCAGGGGCGAAGAAGAGGAAAGGAGUGGUGUCGAGGUACUUCAUAGUCGUUGUGGAUAUGAGAUCCACAAUCAUGGCAAACGGGGAGGGUUGUGUCAAAGCACGAACACUCUUGCAAUGCUUCAGAGAGUCACCACAUGUACGUGUGGACAGCGAUGUGGAAGACAGUGCAUACAGUCUAAAAGGAGUGGUCGAGUGGAUCGAAGGGAUGUGCGAAGAAGGAGACGUGGACAUGACAAUGCAGCAGACAGGGGGGACAUAUACACCUGCGAACUUGGGCAAGUUGUUGGGCCAUGUCGCACGGAAUGGGGGAAUGCUGGUUGAUGGGUCGAAGGACGAGUUGAAGAGUGGUGCUGCAGAAAUAUUGAUGUUGUCCAAAAUGAAGGACAUUACUCAAACACCGCCAGAAGACUUUCAAGAUGUUCCUGUCAUUGUCGCAGAUGGUGUGGAAUAUAUUAUGCUGGAUCAACUUGUGGACUUCAUGAAAAAGAGUGACGACGACAGGAACGUCAUCCAUGAGGCGUUGCACGAAGUGACGAAGUUUGCACUGCAGGGUCAAGAUCUGAUAGAAUUUGUGCCAACAAUAACAGCAGACAACAUCAUAUCUGGCAGACCGUUGUGGGGGGGGGUGUUAUCAACUGCUUUGGAGCGGCUCGAAGAAGAAGAUGAAGAAGAGGAUGAGGGGGCAUCAUCUUCUGACGUGGAAGUGAGCAGCAGGGAUGUCAGCAGCGACGAGGAAGACGAGGAACAUGAUGUAUACUAUGAUUUGAAGGCUGCGAGUGGACAAGUGACAAAAGGCGGCGUCGAGAACCGUCCACCCAAGGCCCCCGAAAAGAGGUCGCGGGAAGACAGAAUGUCAAAGGUGCACCACAAGACAAAGAAGAGAAUCAUGUACAAAAAGGACAGAAUGGUGGACAUGAUCGAUCUGAGAGCCUCGGACGAUAUGCACAGCGCGACCCCAGGGGAAGUAGAAGAGAAACACGAUCAGUCCAUAUCAGAAAAGUAUGACGGGGAGGAGAACGAGGCGACAAGUGACGAGGGAGGUGACAGUCAAACUUCCGACGGACAAUCUCGCGACACUCACGACGUUGAUGACGAGGACGGCAGGAGCAGCGACGGCACAGCGCAGGACGAGGGCGGUGACGGGUCAGGCGAAGACGACAGAAGCUCGUACGGGAGAGGGAGUUCCCCAUCUUCGGGAAGAACGCAACGCACGAGGGAACCCGAAAGUGGCGGCGAGGGAGGCGCAGCCGACGCGCCCUCCAUUGACAGACAACUAGUGAGGCACGACAACGCAGUUAAAAAAGGUAAACAAAAUGUGCUGAAGUUGCUCCUCUUGCACAACGAUUACGUGGUGACGGCGCAAAGUGAUGACAUUUCCUUACUGCGAGGAUGUCGCUGUGAUGAACUUACAGUUGAAACGGGCUGUCGAAUUUGGCAGGAUCCCGCUUGUACGAUUGCAGCAAACAGAUCACCAGCUCCCUACUCGCAACAAGAUGCGAGCAGAGAUGAAGGAGAACAAAACGUGGAGACGAUGCGGCAACGAUCCUUGAGGCGCCCCAGCCUUCAAGACGGCACUCACCAAGGUUUUCCAGAUGAGGAAGGACGGCGUAAACCUGGGCGUGACCUUGCAGCAACUGACUUUUGCAGAGAUGGUUCUGCAAUGUGAAAUUGAGCAGACAACAAAAACCACCAGAGCGG